UUUAAAAGUAAUACAAAUCUAUAUUUUUAUUGAAAUUUUUUUUAUUUGCUUUUUGAAAACUACAUGGUUGUGAAUACCUGUGCUUGCAGAAGAAUUGACACUAUAUUGAAUCUGAGUGGCUUGUAAAAAUUCUGCGUUUGCUUCCACCUGGUGGUGUUGCUGGUACCUUGGCCUGAAGGAUGGCUCCUUGUCGUACUGCGCUCCUGCUGUGGGUGUGCUAUAACUGCAGCCUGUGUUUGGGGUUUGGGGACCUUUUGGAAGAUGGCAUGGAAGGAGUGAGAAGCCUAUCCAGUUCUGGGUUACUGUAUGGAGCAGGUGAUCCAGCCAAGCAAGAAGAUGCAGUGCUGCCCCUUGGGGACACAGUGUCAGAGCAUAUGCUGAGGCUCUAUGACAAAUACAGUGGUGGUGGUGGUGGCGGAAGAGGGAGAGAGGCUUCUGCAAAGCACCAAUUGCCACUCCAGGAUGGAAACACUGUCAGGAGCUUCAAGUCACUGUACGGGGAAACAAAGAAUGCAAGUAGACACAUUUUCAAUUUGACCUCAUUGACAACAUCAGAAAACAUUCUUUCUGCUACACUGCAUUAUUAUCUCGGAGACUUAUUUAACACUAGCCAUCGAUGCCCUCAUUCUCUAUUCUGCCCUCGCCAUGGACACAGGAAACAUGAAAUCUCUAUAGAUCUAGCUGUUUGGAGUUUAACAUCUCUAGAAAAACAAAUUCGUCCUUUGGGUAAUUUUCUCAUCAAUAUUUCCACGUCAUACCGGGACUUUCCUUCUUGGCAAUGGAAGGACAUCACUCAGGUUCUACGCAAUGCUAAGCAACAUGGCGAGACUCUCAUUGGCAUCAACAUGACAGUAGAUAUGCCAAAUCAAAGACAGAGACAUAUCUCAGGUCUCAAACCAUACAUAUUGGUUUACGCUAAUGACUCUGCCAUUUCAGAGCCAGAUAGUGUUGUUUCAAAUUUACAAGGAAAUCGCAAUCCUCUAGCCCACAAGCCGUAUCGGAAAGCAGGACCAGUUGAGCACCGGAGAAGACGAUCCACUGACAUACUUUUACCCUUACAAAACAAUGAGCUCCCAGGUGCUGAAUACCAAUACAAUGAGGAUGAAGAGGUGUGGGAAGAAAAGAAACCGUACAAAAAUCUUCAAGUUAGGCCGGCUGACAAAGGCAAAAAUAAGAAGAAGCUGAGGAAAGGUGGGCGGCAGAAAACCCAAACUCUGCAAUUUGACGAACAAACACUGAAGAAGGCAAGGAAAAAGCAAUGGAACGAACCUAGAAACUGUGCAAGACGCUAUCUGAAAGUAGAUUUUGCAGACAUCGGCUGGAGUGAAUGGAUUAUUUCCCCCAAAUCCUUUGAUGCCUAUUACUGCUCAGGUGCCUGCCAGUUCCCAAUGCCAAAGUCUUUAAAACCAUCUAACCAUGCAACUAUCCAGAGUAUUGUGCGCGCUGUGGGUGUGGUACCCGGGAUUCCUGAGCCAUGCUGUGUUCCAGAAAAGAUGUCUUCCCUCAGCAUCCUCUUCUUUGACGAAAACAAGAAUGUUGUUCUCAAAGUAUAUCCCAACAUGACAGUGGAGUCUUGUGCCUGCAGAUAACAUUGCACACAUCUCGGAAAAAGUGAAGUGAUCAUCAUAUUUGCACUUUCAACGUAUUGUAUUCUAAAUACUUUCCAAGCAAAAACAGAAAAGUAAAGCGAUAUAUACAUAUAUAUAUAACAUUCAUGAAUGCUGGUUAUGAACCUCCACUAAUUACCAGCUAUAAACAAUUGUGGAACAGUUAUUAUUAAAGCUGGUAUAAACAGCACAUGCAAAAUAUUACUUCUCAAAAACAUAAAAAAAGAUUUUUCAGUGCCAUA